GUGGAGCACCUGACAGCAAGUGUCGACACAAAAGUUUAACAUAUMUUUUCCUCAUCUUUUAAACAAUUUGUGACACUCUGUAGAAUAUUCUCGACAUGUGUGGAUGUUGUGUUUUUCUUUCGGCUGUUGUAGAACACCUUUAGUCUUCCGGUUAGGACCCAGGUACUGGUCGGAGCAGGUCCUGCUCUCUGCCUGAGACAAGCAGGAAGUCAGGAGGACACCGGGCCACUCCGUGGAACAGGACACUUUGUUCCGUGGACACGUUCUCACGCAGUUUGAAUGUUCCUGAGAAAAGGUGCUGACGGCUCAGUUCUGGACACUGUGAUGGAAAAUCCAGACGACGAGGUCGACUUGCAACAGACCACAGCAGGGGCUGAAGAAGGAAACUCAGGUGAUGCAACACCUCCACCUAAGCAGAAAGGCAAGUUUUCCAAAAUGGGAAAAUUCUUUAAGAAGCCCUGGAAGUGGAAAAAGAAGAAACCAAGUGACAAGUUUACAGAAACAUCUAAAGCUUUAGAAAGAAAGAUUUCUGUUAGGAAAUCUCGCCAAGAGCUUAUUGAUAAAGGGGUUUUGCAGGAAAUCCCAGAAAAUGAAAACACUGAUGUGAACCAUUCCAAACCCCCACCAGUAAAAAAUGGACAUCCUGUGUCAAUGGACAUGGACAGAAUGUCUCAAAGGGAGACUGACAUCAAGGAGAGCCUUAAGGUGCCCCAGGGAGAUGAACGGCGAAGUAGGUUACCAUCAGAUGCUUCUCGAACUGGCAGGGCACCUCUAGAUGUGGACUAUCAUGCAGGACUCUCUGUGGAUGUGGACAGGAGACAUCGUCUUUCAUCAGAUGCUGAGAAGAAAGGCGGAUCUCUUCCUCGAGGAUUGCUGCAAGACGAUAAAUACCGCAGAGACGACAGGAGAGAAGUCAGAGAGAGAAGAGAUGAACGGACAGACAGAGACAUUCGAGAAAAGAAAGACCGGGAUGAGAGGGAGAGGAGGGAUAGGGAUGAAAGAGAACGAAGAGAUCGUGAGGAAAGGGAGAAAAAAGAUCGAGAACGAGAAGAUCGAGAACGACGAGAUCGAGAUGAGAAGGAGAGGAGGACUCGAGAGGAAAGGGAAAAGAGGGAUCGAGAAGAGAAGGAGAAGAAGGAUCGAGAACGCGAUGAAAGAGAGCGUAGGGAUCGGGAGGAGAGGGAGAAGAAGGAUKGAGAUGAGAAGGAGAGGAGGAUUCGAGAGGAAAGAGAAAAGAGGGAUAGAGAGGAGAGAGAUAGGGAUAGAGAACAAAGAGAUCGAAGGGUUCACGAUGAGAAGGAGAGAAGGGAUCGGGAUGAAAGGGAAAGGAAAGARCGUGAUCGGGAUGAAAGGGAAAGGAAAGACCGUGAUCGGGAUGAAAGGGAAAGGAAAGACCGUGAUCGGGAUGAAAGYGAACGGCGAAAUUGGGAUGAAAGAGAACGAAGAGAUCGCGAGGAGAGGGAAAGGAAGGAUCGGGAUGAAAAAGAAUGGAGGGAUCGAAUUGAGAGGGAAAGGAAAGAUCGAGAUCGGAAUGAAAAAGAACGGAGGGAUCGAGAUGAAAGGGAAAGGAAGGAUCGAGAUCGCGAUGAAAAAGAAUGGAGGGAUCGGAUUGAGAGGGAAAGGAAGGAUCGGGAUGAAAAAGAACGGAGGGAUCGAAAUGAGAGGGAAAGGAAGGAUCGAGACCGGGAUGAAAAAGAACAGAGGGAUCGAAUUGAGAGGGAAAGGAAGGAUCAAAUCCAUGACGAAAAACAACAAAGGGAUCAGGACAAAAGAGAACGAAGGGAUCGAGAUGAGAGGGAAAGGGGAAAGGAUGAAAGAGAAUAUGAAAAGAGAGGGAGACCAGUGCCUCAGCUGUCUUGGGAUGACUCGCACGCUAAAGCUAGGACCAACCAGGACCUACCUAAAAUGGACCUGCAACCUCACCUACAGAGGAGUUCCUCUGCUGAAGUCCGAAGGACCACACUGCCCAGAUAUGACAAACCUGCAGAAUUUCGAAGUCGCAUAGAGUCUGCUGGUGUCUGCUUCAACCCUGACCCUCAUCAGAUACAAGACUCCCAACAGGAACCUCCCCCACCCAAGCAGGCUCUGCUCCCUCCUAAAUUCCCUGCUGGCUUUCCUCUAGAUUCUGCCAGAAGUCCAACUCCCUCUGCUUCAUCUUCCUCUUCGUCCUCUACCUCCUCCUCAUCCUCUGUUGAUGUACGGAUUUCCAAGCCACCAAGGACAGUCUCCCUAACAAGUGAAAGCCUGCCCCGUGCCCCCAGUACUACUGCUUCCUCAGCUGACGCUGACAAACCUCCGCCUGUCCCUCCCCAUGCCAAGCAGCCUCCUGCGCCCCCACCCAAACCUUCCAACCGCAUCAGCAACCCUGCAGUGCUUG